GCUCCAAACAUCCCAUCGUGCACAUCAUCGCAACAAAUGAUCAAAUCCUGAUCCCCAAGCCCAUUCCUCUAUGGCUACCCCUAAAUUCGUUCUGUACGGGUACGACGACAAUCCUCGUACACUCAUCGUCAAAAUUGUGGCUGCUUCCGCGGGUAUUUCCUUGAAACAAUCACUAGUUGUGCCGAGAAUGGGCGUCAAUAAAACCUCGUAUAUGGAGCGUUUUCCUUUGUCUCAGGGCAAGAUUCCAGCCAUCCAAGGCCCAGGUAUCAUGCUGACCGAGACAAUUGCGAUCUGUCACUACUUCGCGAAAAUUCAGCCGGAAGCGCAUCUGCUAGGCUCGUCUGAAAGUCUUGACCAAGAGGCACUCGUCCUAAGCUUCGUGAGCUUCGCGAACCAGGAAUUACUGCAGACACUCGCUCGAUGGUUUCUACCACUUAUUCCCGGACUAAAGGACCCGGCGCCGUACGACUACGAUGCGAUCGAGAAAGGCAAGCAGGACAGUAUUCGUCUGUUGAACACUUUGGAGGGAGUUUUGUCCGACAAGAAAUGGCUUGUUGGGGAUGUCCCAACGCUCGCGGACAUUUUUGUUGCCGUCGUGGUGAGUCGGGGCUUGCAGUGGGUUCUUGGCCGAGAGUGGAGGGUGACACAUCCCUCCAUCAUGCGCCAUUUUGAGGCGGUGACGAGUCUCGAUGCGGUCACAGGCCUGAAUCACAAUUUUAAGUUGAUAGAGGUAGAGAUUCCGAACAAGCGUUGAGCCUGCGUCGUUUCGCGUACCGGAGCAACAUCGGAAUGGCUGGUCAUAUCAAAGCUUCAAUUUUCGAGGAAAAUGCAAAACAUGAAUUGAGGUCGACGUUAACCUGAUGGAAUGUGGGAGCGUCUAUAUGGUAGCAAUAAAACUUCUAAUUGGGUUGCAUGGUCUUCGCAAUGCUCGAUGCGACGUAUGCCAGGCUGCGCGAACUCAAUCCCGCGAUAGAGAGCCGUCCAGUAUCUUGAACAUACACCGCAUACUCGUCCCGAAG